AUGCUACACCGCGUCUGUCGACUUUGCUUGAUUACAGCCACUAUACCCUGUCUCCCCCGGGCCUAAGCUUGAAGGUCAACGAACGUACAGCAGUCUACACGCAUCUAUCAUGGCAGACGGAGCGUCCAACAAUGAACGGCUGCUCGCUGCAGCGCGCACCGACAAUGAGGACCUCCUUCUCGAGGUCUUCGAGGAAGGGAAAUUCGACAUCAACUACCAAGACGGACUAGGAACACAGCCUUACACUACGCGUAAGUAUGUACCGCAUUCUCUGCUCGGAUCCCCCUUGCGGGCGCUCACAUCCGUGCUUCCUUCCCCCCACCCUGCGUGGUUUCGCCCUUCACCUCGAUCAUGGAAUCAUUUGACCGCGAUCGGCUUCAGCGCGUCUCACGUCUCCCUGACCGUGCUCGAGCACAUCCUCUCGCACGACGAAUGCGACGUCGACCCGGUCAACCGCCUCGAGAAGGCGACCCCGCUGCACCUCGCGAUGCGCAUAGACGACGAGGACACCCGGGGGAGCGUAGUCGAGAGCUUGUUGGAAGCGGGUGCGGACACGACGAUCAAGGACAAGUUUGGGGAGACCGCGUUUGACUUGCUGCGCGAGGACAAUCACGUCGAUAUGGAGAUCCGCCAGCUGAUGCGGAAAGCUCGGGCGCAGAACAGCAUCUCGAAUGCUGAUAUCGCGAAUGACGACGACGACGAGCCUGGCUCGGGAUCUGGCUCUGGCUCUGAGGACGAAGACUGAGUUCUCGAAUUUAGGGUCCAGUCGUCGUGUUGUGUGUGCACUGCAGUGGAAGGAACGAAGCUAACAGCGAACUAAUAGCGGGCUGAACAGAGCAGUAGA